AUGAGUAGUAAUCACUAUUCAUCACCUGCUGUAUUAGCCCCAUUCAAAAUUCCUAAUUUCACCAGUUCAAGUAAUUCCAGCGAUCAUCGCGAUCCAAAACAUCGCCCUGAGGCACAACACAAAAAGCAUCAAGAUAUCUCUGGCAAUCAUCGCGAUCCAAAGCAACGCCCUGAGGCACAGCACAAAAAGCAUCAAGAAAUCUCUGGCAAUCAUCGAGACCCAAAGCAGCGACCAAAGGCACAAUACAAAAAGCAUCAAGUAUCUUCUACAGUCUCUAAUUCAUCAUCCUUGAGCUCUAGAAUGAUGUCUUCUCCAACACCUACCAAUCUAGUGCCAUCGCAAGAAGAAGCGUCUCUUUUCAACAUGGAUAUCGAUAGCAUUGGUCCAUCAUCCACACCAAUGCCAUCAUCUGGUCAGCCAGACAGUCAAAUGCAUUCAUCUGGUCAACCAUACAGUCAAGUGCAUUCAUCUGGUCAAGAAGAGAGGGAGACGCAUUUACCCGAUCGAAACGAGAGACAAACGCAAACUUUGUCAGAAUUGGCCAAUUCAGUCCACAAAGCCAUGUCAGCCAUGUCGCACACAAAUUGUGCAGAUGAGGUAAAUCGCAAAUUCAUUGAAGAAAUCAUGGAGCACGUUGAGGAAAUGGCUAAAAACAACCGUCAUCGCGACGAAGGAACCAAGGCACAACUUGAUGCUUUGGGAACUAGAUUGUGGAAUAGCGCUUUGAUCAUCAGAGCAGCCGCUGGAGAUUGCCCACAGCAAGAAAUUCUCUCAGCAAUUGCCAUGCUUCGUCGCACAGCUUGUUUGCUGCUCAACAUGUGCCGUCUGGAGAAGGAAGACGUUGAGUCUUCUCAAAAAAUCGUCACUGUAUGCGCUCGAACGGCAAUGGAUCUCAUUAAUUCUGACGAAAGAGUCAUGGCAGAAGAGAUGAUUCAAAUGGCAGCUGAAUGCGCUGAACCUCUGGAAAAGAUCGAUACGGAUGCCGGAGUAUUUGACGAUGACUACAAGGACUCCGUUUUCGAGGCUGUAUGCGCAUAUCGUCUGGCUCGCUUCCAGCUUAGCGCAGGUAGCAAUGAGGCUGUAAUGUCCCAUUUCAUGCACAAAGCAUUGAACAGCUGUCAAAAGCUGAGAAGUGAUUCAUGGGUAUCAAGAGCUACUCUUAAAUAUGCAAUCGAACUUGCCGUCAAGGUGUUGGAAAACGAAGAAGAUAAAGCGAAUGACGUGCUUAAAGAUGCAUCAAAGUUACAAGAAAUUAAGAUCUUCCUCGAGCGAGUGCAUAUGAUCUUUAGAAAGAAGCCAUAUGCUGAUUGUCCAGCAUACAUCCGAUCAAGGCUGGAUGUCGCAUUUCUCCUUUCCCGUGUUCAGUAUAUCACGGGUAAGCUCAAUAGCAAGGAUGAAAACAAAUUGGCGGCUGAAGACACCCUACGCCUUGCUGUCAACGAAGCAAAAGAGGCAUUCCAGACGGGCGAAGCAACAAAGGCAAGUCUGUUGAUCAUGUCAAUGAUGGAGGAACGAAAAGCGCCUCUUGAGCUUAUGUUGCAAGGAUGGCGUGACCUUGUGUCCGAUCUUGACUUCGAAGGAGCUCAUAUUGAUACAAUCAUCAAGAUUCUCUUUCGCACUCUUCUUCGCAAACCGAACAAUUGUUCUGGAUACAUCCUUCGCGUGGUGAGCGACAUUUGCCAAUGCAUGCUCGAUUCAAGAUUGGACAAAGUCAGUUGUGCGACUCACAUUGGCAAAUUAGGUUUUGUAGCCGUGAAGGCAGCAGGAUUGGAUUGCACGGCACAAUUGAAAGAGUUCUUUGAUGUAAUCGAUCAAUCCAAUCCACCUGUCCAAUUGAGCGAAGAAAUGGGGUACGCUUGGCUUGACGCCCUGCUCAAAGCUGCAAAAGAUGAUAAUACAAAUGAUCAUAAAAAGGCAAUCGAUCUUCUCGCUUUAGCCAGCCAUCCUAUUCUCGCAAAGCCGGAGGAUACAGCCUACGUUGCGGUCAAAAAGGCAGCAUACCUUCUUUUACAAGCUGGAAGGUACGCGGAGUGCGACAAAUUGAUUUUGCAACAGCUUCCAUCGGGCGAUCCGCCUGCUUCGUUGAUCUUAUGCAUCUCUUUCAUCCGUCAGAGGAAGGAAUUGCAUGCAGGUAAACUUCUCGAUAGCUUCGAGCCUAGAGAAUGGAGCGCAAAUGUGUUGCUUUGGAUCGUGUCAGAGGCUUUUGCACAAGGCAUGACAAGCCUUCAAUCCAGAGCAAUGGUGAUGUUCUUGGAAAUUUGUCCAGAUACUGAUCACGAUUUGAAUAAUAUUAGGCUACUUCGAACCGUGGUUGCAAUGUACAUCGACCUUUUGCAAAGGACUAGUGACCCAGAGGAGCAGGAAUUGACAUUUGAUAAACUGUCAAAAUUGAUUGGUCGCUACGAAACCAUCUUGCUUGCCGCGUCUCAUGCAGACAAACAGUCAAAGGAGAAAGCACAAGAAGCGGAUUGGAUCAUUGGUACACUGUACAAGCUUGCAAUCGAUUCCGAAAACAAGCUUCAUCCACACAUGAUUGAUAGCUUGGAUCGCACUAUCGUACAAAUUGCUGACUAUCGUGAGGCUUUUGAAGAGCCUUGCCAACCGCAAAUUCAUCUUUUGCGCUUCUAUGCUGGCUUCCGAUCUUUGUUGGAAUUCAAGAAAUUAAUCAGCACAGCAAGAGAAACAGCUGAAACGGUACAAAGCUUGCAGGAGGCCUGGAAGCGAGUGACAAAGUGCGAAAGAGAUCUAUUCCACUCAAUUGCAGCGGGACAGUACAAUGAGGCUAGAGAGAAUGACAAGCUUGCUGUCUUGUCGAUCAAAGUAGAGAUUUUGCUGGAAUUGCAAAAAGAUCAAGACGUCAAGAGUAUUUUGGAAAGUGAAGAGGUCUCUCUUGAUCAUCGAGCAACGGAUGAAGUGGCCAGAGUACUUGUGCAGCACCCCAGAACAGAACCAUUCCUGUUGAAAGCGGCUGUCAAGAAAUUGAUCAAUUUCUACAAAGAUCAGGCACGAACGCAUGGUAGCUAUCCGGCCAAUGAGGUAGCCGAGUGGUUGAGACACCUUUUGGAAAAGCAAUUAAAGCAUUACAAACGUAUGCAAACUAUGGUGUACCAUGAGAUUAUCGAAUUACUGGGAGAUAUGAUGCUUCCUCUAUUGGGAGAUGAUGGCCUUGUCGCAAAUCCACCUUGGCCUACAGUAGAAUUGAUCUACUUUCAGCAAAAGGCUCGCGAAGUGGCGUACGAUUUGGCAAAGCAAGGUAAAGUUGAGCCAGCAUUCCAGCUAAUUAACGUCAGUAAUGAUAUUUUGCAAGGCAUCAAACCGGAUUUGACGCCAGAAGCAGCCCAUGCAGAGGAGCGAAGGUUGCAGCAAAUCGUGGAACUACUUGAAAGAAGACAAGGUCAAACUUUCUACCAUCCUGCUCCAAACGUCCGUAAUACGUCUUUUGUCCCUCCGGUUAGCAACAACUACAACGGUAUGUUUCACUGA